ACCACUUUUUCUUCCUCUUUUCAUAAGGUUUUCCAGUAAGUUUUUGCUGCUGUCUCCUUGGAGGGCGUUUGAAAAGAUAAAGGGAGGUAGUUUGACAGCUGGCCCCUCAUUCCAGCCACUGCCCUGGUACCUCCUCUGCCUGUCCGAGGGAGCCGCUUCCCCCCUGCCAUCUGGGGCAGAGGUGGGGUCCCCAUGAGGACCUGGUGCAGGCUGGCAUCACUGCUUCCAGGAGCUGCUAUCAGCCAGCAGGACACUGUCCACUCCGGGAACCUGGCAAGUCCCUGUCCCUGGCAGCAGGAGGUCCUUGCUCCAGCCCCGGGAUCUGAGGCCGUCAGAGAUGACUCUGGUGCUGUCCAUGAAUGGAUUCUGUGAGCCCAUUGUCUCGGAAGGAGCUGCUGAAAUUGCCGGGUACCAGACACUAUGGGAGGCCGACAGUUACGGGGGCCCUAGCGCCCCAGGGCCAGCUCAUGCCCCUCUGCAGGGAGAUCAGGGAGCCGGGCCCCCCCUGGCAGGAUCACAUUACAGGGGAAUUUCAAAUCCUAUCACAACAUCCAAGAUCACAUACUUUAAGAGGAAGUUUGUGGAAGAAGAGGAUUUUCACCCACCACUCAGCAGCUGUAGCCAUAAAACCAUCUCGGUUUUCGAGGAACGCGCACACAUCCUCUACAUGUCCCUGGAAAAGCUCAAGUUCAUCGACGACCCCGAAGUGUACCUCCGCAGGUCCGUGCUCAUCAACAACCUGAUGAAGCGGAUCCACGGGGAGAUCAUCACGCAAAACAACUGGUGCCUGCCCGCCUGCGCUUUCCACGGGGCGGCGGCCCAGGAGUGGUUCGUGGUGCAGGACUGCCCCUACCGUAAGCGGCCGCGGCUGGCCAAGGAGUGCGAGAAGCCGCACGCCUGCUGCUUGUACCAGGAGUGCGGCGGCCACUGCCUGAGCACGCCCCUGUCGGUCGGCGCGGCUGUCGGAAGUGCCUCCCCGGCCGCCGCCCCUCCCCCGCAGGGGCUGCCCGGCUACCCCGCCCCGGCGGACUUCGACGCCGCCAGCGCCCCUGUGUACAAGGGGGACGGCCAGCUUCCCGCCGCCGACGUCUUCGUCGCUCACGGCCGCGCGCUCGGCGACCCGGAGAAGGCCCAGGGAGACGCGGGGCCGGCCCUGGGCGGCCCCCUCGGCCACGAACCUGCGGGAAGUGACCUUGCCUUUGAACGCAAAGGCCAAUUUUACGAUUAUUUGGAGACUGGAUAUAAUGAAAAAAGCAAUGGCAGCGAGUCUUGGAGAAAGUCCUUAAGGAGGAAGGAGCCCUCGCCGGGCAGCAAGCUGCGGUGUGGCAAGGGGAGCAAAGCGUGAGGCGUCGGGCGGGGCUCAGGCGCAGCGCACCCGCUCAGAGUUUAUUUUGAAUGGAUUUUACAGUUUUGUACAACUGAUGCACUUGGGCCGUGAACACGCCGUGUGGUUGAGAUGCCUGGGGGCAGCGUGCGUAGACGCCGUGCGGGGCCCAGCGGCCGCUUAUCAGCGUGGGAACUGGGCGCGAAGACCGUCGAUGUGGCGCCUCAGAGUAGAGCUUGGUUUGGGCACAGAGAGAGCGCUGGGUGAGACGGCCCGUGCCCGUGACGCUCCCGUCCCCCCAUGCUUCCGUCCCCCGGGGCGUCCCUGGCUGAGAAACGUCACCUGUUUGCUGAUUAGUGCGGUAGCUAUUGGGUGCGCGAAUGGACAUACCCAGCUCCGGGCCCACGCAGGAGUAUUCUGAGCUGUAGACUAAGGCAGGGGCUGGUGCCGGCUGGUGGGCCACCAGGUCUUGGCGCUGAGUGCUCUGGGUGGCAGAGGCGGGUCGGGGCCUGAACCCAGCUGGGCUGGCCUGCCUGCGGUGGGCCACGAGGCCUCGGGAGGUGGAUACAGGGCGACUUUUGGUGCCUUACUUAUUCUUAAUUUUUGCCAAUGUGAAAAUUAAGGCUAAAUCAGAGUUACAGCAGGGAUUUAACAAACAGGAAAACCAACCACAGGGUGGAUCGCGAUGUUUGGAGACGUAACCUUCGAACUGUCGCAUUCAACUUUUGAUUGGACAUCUCUACUCCUCCUUUAUUUUUGAAGCCCCAGGGCUUCUGGGUUGGGCGUUUUUGGAAAGGGGUGGCGAGGCAGAGAGCACGGCUAGAAAGCGGUGCUGGCCGCGGCUUCUCUGCGGCCCAUUCUUGCUGGGUUGGGCGUUUGGGGCUUUCGGGUUGUUUUGUCCCGUGAGGUUCAUCAACAGUGGCAUGCGUCAUACUUUGAUCUGUUUUGCAUCAUUUCACUCUUUUAGAUUAUAAAAGCAUGUGAUUUUUUAUAUCUGACUUUUGCUGUUGAUUAAGAAGCACAAUGUUAAUAAAUGAUGUGGUGACCAAUAUGGUUUUAUCUUCAAGAAUGUCAAGACUUUAGUUUGAGGAACGUUAUUUUGGAGAAAUGGGAAGUAAGCUGCAGUAGUUAUGUAUUCGGUCAACAUUUUUCUUAGUCCUUUUUUUCAUUCGUACAUUUGCAAAGAGUGUUCCAAGGCCUUCUGCCUCCUCCCCUCCUGCACCCCCCAGUUCUGCUCAGCUGUACCCCAGUUCCUAGGCUCCGUAUUGACUCAGCCCCUUUGAACCACACUUCCCAGAAACCAAAUGCCAAAUGGAGGAAAUCAGCAAGUCCCCCCAUUUUCUCCAAGAUGAAGCUUUUUUUAAUUUCUACUAUUAAUAUUAAGCAGAGAUCUCACUCAUACAGUGUAUGAGUAGGGUCUUCACCCGGACAAUGUCCGCAAGGACCAAUUUUUAAAACAUGUUCUUGUGUUAUGGCUAAAUAGUCUAGUAAUGUUCCACUUUUAUUUUUCAAUAUUUGAUAAACAUUUGAUGUUGAAACCUUAGGUGAUAGAUGCUUGUAUAUGAAUGUGUCGUAAUAAAGUGAGGUUUUCUUGAUCUAUAUUUAU